AAAGAUGUAUCCACAUGGGAACAUUUGGGAGAUAUUGAGUUGCCAAGGUUGCAAAUCAGUAGCAAUAUCGAUUUGCUUAUUGGUAACAAUGUUCCAGCAGCAUAUGCACCUAUAGAUGUAAGGACAGGACCACCAGGGAGUCCAUAUGCUACAAAGUCGCCUUUAGGAUGGGUUGCCUGGGGAGUUAAGAAAGGUGGAAAGAUGAAGUAUUCAAGUAAUUUUGUCAUUGCUGACAAUAGUUUAGAGAAGUUAUAUAGACAGAGUCUGAACUAUGACUUUCCAGAGAGAACUGUUGAUGACAGAAGAGAAUGGUCGUGGGAAGACAGGCGCUUUAUGGAAGUGAUGGACAGUUCUUGUAAGAUGGUGAAUGGUCAUUAUCAAGUGGAUCUCCCUCUGAGAAAUCCAGAUGUGAAAUUGCCUAACAAUCGGCAUAUGGCAGAGCAGAGGUUAAAGGGUCUGCAGGCGAAAAUGAACAAGAAUUCACAAUUCAAGGCAGACUACAUAGAGUUCAUGGAGAAGGUGAUUGCAAAUGGGUAUGCGGAAAAGGUUCCUGAUGGAGUGACGGCUAAGAAGGGGAAAGAAUGGUAUAUACCCCAUCAUGGUGUAUAUCACCCUAGAAAGCCAAACAAGAUCAGAGUGGUGUUUGACUGUGCAGCGAAGUGUGAUGGUACAUCGCUGAAUGAUGUCUUGCUACCAGGGCCAAACCUAAUGAAUGAUCUUAAAGGAGUACUCAUGAGAUUCAGAGAGUUUCCUGUAGCCUUCGCAAGUGAUAUUGAGUGCAUGUUUUAUCAGGUGAAGGUGCCUGAGAGUCAACGAGACCUGUUGAGAUUUUUAUGGUUACCAAAGGGAGACUUAGACCAGAAGCCCAAGGUUUAUCGUAUGGCAGUGCAUUUGUUUGGAGCUGUGUCUGCACCAUCAUGUGCUAAUUAUAGCUUGAGAAGAACUGGUAUAGACAACAUACGCAAUGCAAGAGAAGAAACAGUCAACACACUACAUAACAAUUUCUACAUGGACGAUGGACUGAAGUCAGUGGAAAAUGUUGAACAAGCCAUUCAACUGGUGAAGGAGCUAAAGGCCUUGUGCAAAGAAGGAGGCUUCAACCUCACCAAGUGGUCUAGCAAUGAACGAGAAGUUUUGAGAGAGAUUCCCCUGGAUGAUCGAGCUAAAGAACUGAUGGACUUGGAUCUGGAAUCAUCGCAGCUUCCUACAGAGAGAACACUAGGUGUGUUGUGGAAUGCAGAGACGGAUGAGUUCCAAUUCAAGUGCCAAAUCAAGAAGACAGAGGUGACAAGAAGGUCAAUGCUGUCUGAAGUCAGCUCGAUUUAUGAUCCAUUGGGUUUUAUAGCUCCACUCCUCAUUCCAGCAAAGAGUGUGCUUCAAGAGAUGUGCAAACAAGAAGCUGGAUGGGACGAUGAACCAAGUGAUAACAUACAUGGCAAGUGGCAGAUGUGGAAAACAAGCAUGCAAGAUUUGGAAGAAGUAAGAAUUUCCCGAUGCUAUGUACCAGCUGAAUUCGGAAACGUGACAUACAGAGAGCUGCAUGCUUUCGCUGAUGCAAGUGAAAUUGGAUAUGGUUGUGUUAUCUACCUCAAACAAAUCAACUCAAGUGAAAAUAUACACUGUUCAUUUGUGUUCGCGAAGGCAAGAGUAACUCCUUUGAAGAAAAUUACAAUACCAAGAUUAGAACUUACAGCAGCAACAUUGGCAGUGAGAUUAGUCUCAAUUGUUCAAAGAGAGUUAGACUUCAAGAUUGACAAAGCAAUCUACUGGACAGACAGCACUGCGGUUUUGAGAUAUAUAAGGAAUGACAGAGCAAGAUACCACACCUUUGUUGCCAACCGUGUUCAAGUCAUAAGAGAAGCUACAGUCCCUGAACAGUGGCAUCAUGUGGAUACCAAGAGAAAUCCAGCAGACUUGGCAUCACGAGGUGUUAAGACAACUAACGAAUUGAAUAAUAGUAAUUGGUUUUGUGGACCAGGCUUUCUGUGGGAGAAGGAAGCGGAAUGGCCAGAACAGGUGAUUUCCAUGCGGAUAGAGGAGAAUGACCCAGAAGUGAAGACUAGCUGUGCAACCAUUGAGUUUGAAGACACAUCAAUUAUAGAUUCCUUAUUGACGAGAAUUUCUGGUUGGUGGAAAUUGAAGAGAGUAAUGGGCUGGGUCAUCAUUGCUAAGAACAAGUUCCUCAAGUUCAUAGGAAAACUGGAAUGCCAAUUUGAAGAAGUUGUCCAGUGCCUAACUCCAAAGAUGUUAUAUGAAAGUGAAGUAGCAGUUGUUAAAUAUGUUCAAAGGAAGGCAUACAUAGAUGAGAUAGAAGUCCUGUCCAAAGGCAAGACAGUGACAAAAAGAAGUCCUCUUUUCAAGUAUGACCCCGUGUUGACAGAUGAUGGUAUUAUUCGUGUUGGUGGACGACUGAAGAAGGCAGACUUGCUUUAUGAGAUAAAGCAUCCGAUUGUGUUACCAAAGAACUCACAAGUAUCUGUAAUGAUUGUUCGGGAUGCUCAUUCUACUGUUGGUCAUUUGGGAAGAAAUAGUAUUUUGGCGAAAGUCAGAGAGAAGUAUUGGAUAUAUGGAGCAAGUCAGUUGGCGAAAAGAGUAGCGAGAAGUUGUGUCACAUGUCAACGGUAUCACGCAGCACCAUGUGAGCAGGUAAUGGCUGACUUACCAGCUGAUAGAGUUGUUGCAGAAGUAUCACCAUUUACAUUCUGUGGUAUGGAUUAUUUUGGGCCUUUAACUGUGCGCAGAGUGAGAUCUGAGGUGAAACGGUAUGGUGUGAUUUUCACUUGUUUUUCUUCCCGAGCAGUCCACCUAGAGAUCGCGCACUCGUUAGAAACUGAUGCAUGCAUAAAUGCUAUACGCAGGUUCAUGGCCAGAAGAGGUCCUGUUAGAAGCAUCAGAUCUGACAAUGGCACCAACUUGGUUGGGUCAGAAAAGGAGUUGAGACAUGCACUUGAAGGUUUGGACCAGUCUAGAAUGAAUGAUGUUCUGUGUGCAGAAGGCAUAGAGUGGCACUUCAAUCCUCCAGCAGCAUCUCACUUUGGCGGAGUGUGGGAGAGAAUGAUUCGUAGCAUAAGGAAGAUUUUGUACAGCCUGUUGAGAGAACAACCCCGAAUUGUUGAUGAUGAGACGCUCAGUACUGUAUUCUGUGAGGCUGAGAAUAUUGUCAACAAUAGGCCACUGACUACAACGUCAUCAGAUCCUAAUGAUUUACUACCAUUGACACCUAACAUGCUGAUUAAUCCACGAGCUUGUGCACUUAGUUCGCCUGGAGUGUUCGAGAAGAGUGACAUGUAUGCAAGAAAACAUUGGCGUCAAUCUCAGUACUUGAUAGAUGUAUUUUGGUGUCGCUGGAGAAAGGAGUAUUUAGUUACCCUGCAGCAGAGACCGAAGUGGCAGAGAAAAGGACGCAAUGUACAAGUUGGAGAUAUUGUGCUUGUUGUUGACAAGUCGGUACCCAGAAAUAGUUGGUUGAUGGGAGUAGUAGAAACAACUUUCAAGGACAAGAAAGGCGAUGUGAGAUCUUGCAGAGUGAGGACCAAGACGUCAAUCUUAGAAAGACCUGUCGCUAAAUUAUGUAUACUAGUCAAGGCAGAACUGAAUAAGUAG